AUGAUGGUAUGGUGCGAUGCUGUUGCUCUGCCAUGCAUCAGGGACAUGUACGGGUUCGCGGUGCAGCCACAGUACGUGGACGUCUACAAGGCCUACGUUCCCGUCUACCAUGCAUGCAUCCCGUCAUCCCUGUGCUUCUGUCCGUCGUCCCUCCCCUCCCGCUCCUCCCAAACUCCCACACCCACAGCACAACUUCCCGCACCCCUUAUUCCACUCACCACUCGCCAGGACGAGGAGACAGAGUGGUCGGAGCAGUGGUACUCGUUCCUCCGCGCGCGCGACCUUCCCUUCCACACCGGCGAGGAGACAGAGCGGUCGGAGCGGUGGGACUCGUUCCUGGGCGCGCGCGACCUGCCCUUCCUUCCGCCCUCCCCUGCGCCGACGCCUGCGCUUGCAGCAGAAGCGCCUUCUGGCGAAGGCGCGGAAGAGGGGGGCGGAGAGGGGAGGUUUCGCGCAGUGUUUAGGGAGGAGCUGUGGGCCGUUGAGCGCGUUCUGAGGGGUGCUGCUGAUGCACGCGCGGGGAACGCAGGGAGUUCGGGGGACGGGGGGAGGAGUGAAAGGGAUUCUGGAGGAGAGAGAGGAGGAAAGCGAAUAGGAGAGGGCAGCGGGGAGGGGAGCGGAGCAGGCAGUGGAGAGACGGGAGGAGAGGAGCGAGGAGGAGGAGGGGGAGAGGGAGGAGGAGGAGGAGGGGGAGAAGGCAAGGGAGGGGAGAGCGGAGCAGGCAAGGGAGUGGGUGGGAGUGUGGCGACAGAGGAGGCAUGGAGAGCGGAGCUGACGUCCCUAGUGAUGGGGGGCAUUCCCAUGAACAUGCGGGGCGAGGUGUGGCAGAUCUUCGUGGGGAGUGCAGGGAGGAGGCAGGCGGGCGUGUAUGAGGCGCUGCUGAGGGAUACUGGCAGGGAGGAGGAGCACGGGCCUAACAGCAGUUUGGCGGAGAUCACAGCAAGGAUCCAUGAGAGGGACGCUGAGGUCGCAUGCACUGUGCAGAUUGAAAAGGACCUGCCGCGCACCUUCCCCGGGCACCCUGCGCUGGACGCCAAGGGGAGGGACGCGCUGAGGCGGCUGCUGGUGGCGUACUCGCGGCGCAACCGCGCGCUGGGGUACUGCCAGGGCAUGAACUUUCUCGCCGGGCUGCUGCUGCUGCUCAUGCCUGAAGAGAAUGCCUUCUGGACGCUGACGGCCAUAGUGGACGAGCUGUUCCGAGGGUACUACUCCGACGAGAUGGUUGAAGCUCAGGUGGACCAGCUCGUGUUCGAGGACCUUGUUCGCCAAAACUUCCCCAGACUCGCGGAGCACAUGGACACAAUGGGAGUGCAGAUCUCAUGGAUCACGGGGCCAUGGUUCCUCUCUGUUUUCGUCAACGUGUUGCCCUGGGAGAGCGUGCUGCGAGUGUGGGACGUCAUUCUCUACGAGCGCAAUCGCAGCAUGCUCUUCCGCACAUGCCUCGCCCUCCUCGACAUGCACUCCACUCUGCUGCUAUCAAUGCAGGAGACGGGGGACAUGAUGUCAGCCCUACAGUCCAUGGCAGCAUCCACCUUUGACAGCACGCAGCUCGUGCUCUCCGCAUGUGUGGGCUACAUGGAUGUCAGUGAAGCCAUGCUCGAGGACCUCCGCACCAAGCAUCGUCCCACAAUAAUGCACCGAGUAGACGAGAGGAGGGAGGUGCUCAAGCGCUGCCGCAACACACGCACCGCCAAGAUCCACGCGGAGGCCCUGGCCGUUCUGCAGAGGCUCGCACCGCACAGCACCGCGCUCGGCUCCCCUCUCGGCCCGUCCUCCUCCCACGCCUCCCCGCUGUCUAUCCCUUCAUCGUGGCAGGAGCUCACUGGUCCGCCUCGCCUACAUGGUCAUGCUCAUGGGUCGGUUUCAGCAUCAGCGUCAAAAGCUGCAGUGAGGCGAGCCGGAGGAGGAGCAGGGAGAGGGGUGGGUGAGUCUGUGGGAGGUGGGACGGCAGCGGCUGUUGCUGCAGCAGCACUGGCGUCGGUGUCAGAAGGGAGAGAGACGGAUGGAAGAAACGCGUCUGUGUCUUCCACUGCUGCUGCUGCAGCUGCUGCUGCAGCUGCUGCUGCUGCUUCUGCUACUGCUGGUACCUCUGAAACGGCUGCCAGCAGUUACCAGCAGCGGAUGAAGCGGUCUCCUGAGCUGCUGCUGCGAAGCGGGUCCUUUGCCCCUGGCAGCAGCAGCAGCAGCCGCAUGAACCCGGUUCCAUCCCUUGCGCUGGAUGCGAGAGAUGAGAGCUCGAAUGCUGCCGCCACCGCCCCUGCAGAUUCUGCUGAAGCUCCCACCACCACUGCUGCUAGUGUCGCUGCUGCUGUCAGUGAUGUGAGUGCAAGCAGCUCUGCCACCACACGCAGCAAGAGCAAGAGCAAGAGUAAGAGUAAGGGGUCGUCCCAGAUAGAGUCAGAUCUCUCCCCCACCUUCUCGCCCCCCUCCUCCCCCUCCUCCCCCCCCUCAUCCGACUUCUCCCCUCCGUCCCCCGGUUCUCCCUCAGUUGCUUUGGAGGGGGAUGGGUUGUUUCAGGACGGUGAGGGUACAGGGAAGGAGAAAGGGAGGAGGGAUGAGAGGAGUGGUGGGAAGGACAAGGGAGAGAAGGAGCGGGAGGGCAAGAGGGAGAAGGUGCGGGAGAAGAGGCGAGAGGGGGAGGGGAGCAGGAAGGAGAAGGGGAGAGCGAAGGAGGAAAUGGGUGGUGAUUUGAAGGGAGGUCGCGGUGCUGGCGGUUUGGCGUCAGACUCGUUGCAGUCACAUUUCCGACAGUCACAUUCACUUUCUGGGCAUCAGCCCAGUGCAUGGAGGGGCGCGGAUAAUAGCGGUAAAGGGGCGAGCAGUAAGGGGGAUGUCAGGGAGUGGAGAGCGGCAGGAGGGAGAGGCAGGGGCAUUCGGCCACACAGUUUAAACGAAAGACGUAGCCCUGGGCUGGGAAUUGGCGUGGGCAUGGGUGUGGGUGGUGGGGGGGAGGGAUACCCCCCUCCGCACCACCAUACGGACAGGGCAGGCCAUGCUGCUCCAAUUCGGGAGUCCAGAAGUGUUGCUGCUUCUCACAGUGGCUCUGGUGCUGGCGCGGGUGCUGGUGGCAAUGCUGGUGUUGGUGGUGGUGGCAGCGGUGGUGGAGACGCAAGGGUGCAUGGGAGGAUAGGCAGGACGAGCAGUGCGGAUGUGUGGAGAGUGGCAGAGAGGGGUGCUGGUGGUGGUGGGAGAGGAGGAGGGGGUGGAGAGGAGCAGGAGGAACGGAGGGAUGGGGAGGGGUUGGGAGGGGUGGAAGGGGGGAAGGGGGGUGCGGAGAGCAGAGGAGGGCGGCAUGUGCGGGUUGAAGUGGCGACGGAGUUGCAAGCACAGGUGGCGUGGCUGAAGGAGCAGCUGGUGUUUGCAUUGGAGGCGAGAGAUGAAGCCAUUCUCAGAGCCGAGGCACUACAGGCAGCCAUGGUGGAGAUGGGGCAGUCCACCACCAACCAGGCCCUCGCUGCUAAGAUUGACGAGCUGGAGAAUGCACUGAUUGUGGCUCGGAAACAGAUAGAGGCGCACAGGAGGGAGAUCGCGCAGCAGCAAAGGGCAAUGGAGGCCCAACAGGAGGCGUCUACACGUUUGCUUCUGGAACAACAAGAGGAAGCAGCGCGAGCACUGGUGGAGGCAGUGAGGGGGAAGGAUGCGGAGAUGGAGAGGGAGGUGGGGGCGCUGCUGGGCGCGCUGAGGGGCAAGGAGGAGCGCAUGCGGGGCGAGAUUGAGGAGUUGCAGGACAAGGUGGAGGAGAGAGACGCGGAGAUUGGGCGGCUUGCCAGGAGGUUGGAGCGGGCAGCCAAGGAUAUGGAGGACAUUAUAGCGGCCAACGCGCAGCAGGUGGAGACUCAGAAGAACGUCAUUGAGAUGCUCGCGGAGAGUAGUCGGGACGCGAGGCAGAAGCUGGCAGCCAUGGAAGAGAGGGCUGUGGCGGCAGAGAGAAUGGUGGAAACCUUCAUGGAAGCUUCCUCCUUGGAGGAGGUCCAAUCGAUGGUGGAUGACAUGCCAGCUGUCUCUCCCGGAUCUCUUGACACGUCACCUUCUGUCUUCGCUGACGUCAGCAUGAGAAGCUGCCAGACCAGCGUGACUAGCAGCAGUGUUGCCACGUCAGACGCUGAGCUGGAGAGAAUGACAGCGGCGGCACUUGCGAUUGGGAGCAAGGGUAACAGGCGGCAAUACAUUGAUUCUCGAGAGCCGGUCUAUUGGGGAGAUCCUCCUUCGCCUUGUUCGCACGCGCGCAGGACCUCUCUCGUCACUCUCACUCUACGUCUGCGCGCCACCGCCGCCGCCGCCCCGGCAAUCGCUGCCAUGGGCUUCUCGAUCUGCGCCCGUCGCGUCGCUCUCUGCUGCCUCUUUCUCGUCGUCGCCGCGCCGUGUCUGCUGACGUCAGCGCAGUUCCCCAUCCCCUCGCAGUACGACGGCUUGAUCUACGGUGCUGACGUCAGCGAGCGGCAGCCGGUGCUUCUGGAGGCGUUCCUGGAUCUGACGUGUCCGUCCUGCCAGAGCGCGUGGCCCGUGUUGCGCCACUUUCCACCACAACUCGUACUUCGCCUGGCAGGCCACCACCGUCGCCGCAAUCAACGGCUCGCUCGAGCUCGUUCCCUUCAGCCCCCGUUCACUCUCUUCCCCACCGCCCCUCUCCCCCACUUCCUCUGCCCCUCUCCCAGUUUCCACCACAACUCCUACUUCGCCUCGCAGGCCACCAACGCCGUCGCAGCCAUCAACGGCUCGCUCGCGUUCGAUUGGAUCGACGCCGUCUUCGACGAGCAGGACGACCUGUCGCUGAGCGCCACGUGGCAGAAGACGCCCGAGCAGGUCGCGGCGCAGCUGGCGCGGCUCGCGUCGGAGCGCCUCGGGAUUGACGAGGAGAGAUUCAAGGGGUCGUUUUUGGAUGCGGAGGUUGAAUGGCGCACUCGACUCGCGUUCAAGUACGGGUGCUCGAGGGCAGUGGUGGGAACGCCAACUUACCUGGUGAACGGAGUGGCGGUGCCAAUGGCUGCAGCCGAGUGGACCAUCUACGACUGGCGCGCCCUCCUUGACCCCCUCGUGGCCCCAUCCGUCCUGGAUUCGCACUCUCGCUCCCCUCGGAAGCUGGCGCUCGAGUGA